AUGUUGAUUAGUUGUAACAUACAGGAAAAUCCACUUUAUGGAAAAUUUAUAUAUAAAGGACUUGCUUUUGCCAAUGAUUUAACUACAUUAUUCAAGGAUGUGGUGGCUAAUGGAAAAUUCAGUUGGGUACCUUCUUUUGGGAUAUUACCUAAUGAUAUAGGUGAAGAUGAUGUAUAUCGUCCAUGCUUUGAGAGUGGUGAUAUAGAGGAAGGAUCAGGAGAUAGUGAAGAAAUUAUACCCACUAGUGCUGGAAUGAGUUCUGAAUUGCGAAAUAUUAAUUUAAGCACUUCUGAAGGAAGCAAUAGUGAAAGAAGCAUUGGCAAGAGGAAAAGGGUUGGAGCUUCUGAAAAAAAUGAAAGUAAAAAUGUGAAAGCUCCUGCCUCAAAAAAAAUAGCUGAAGCAAUAAGUAGAAUUGCAUCUACAUCUGAGUCACGUUCAAAUGCUCUAAACACACUAGUAGUACUUGGCACAUCAAUUCCUGAAGUGAUGGAUGAACUUGACAAAAUAAUAGAAAUUACAAGUGAUGACGAUUGGCAUGCCAGAUGCUCUCAACUUAUGUUAUCCAAGUCUGCUAGAGAAAUGUUUGUAGCUUUAAAAGGACAUAAACAAAGGCUGUUGGGUUGGCUAAAGUAUGCAGCUUAUAAUGCAUUACCAUCCAUGAAAAGUUAG